AUGGUAACAGGUGAAGACUUAUCAAAUCCGUUAAUGGCUGACACUUUGCCAAAAAGUGUGAGAAUUUUACCAGCACGUUUCAAAAAUACUACAAGGGCAGAGACAAGUAGGAAAACUAAAGGAUUCCCGAUAUUAAGCACAAGUCUGUCGAAUUGGUCUGAGCUUCAAUAUGAUCUGCUGGUUCUAAUAGUUAAGCAUAUAAAUUUAUUGAGGAAGUAUCAUAAUUUUGCGGCCGUCUGUAAAUCUUGGCAAUGUGCUGCCACCAAGGACAAUUUCAACAGUGACAUGCCUAGAAUUUCGUGGUUGAUGUUAGCAGAGGAUCAGGAGGAUAAAGACAAUUCCUGUCGAAAAUUCUUCAGCCUCUACAGUGGCAUGAUUUUAAACAAGAGGAUUCUGAAAGCCAUAGAAAAACGAUGUCUAGAGUCUAUGGGAUGGCUAAUCACAAUCGGGAAAGAUGAGAGUGAAACAAGCCUGCUACAUCCCUUCUCGGGUGUUGAGAUCGAAUUGCCCCAUCCAAAUACCACCAAAGAUUAUGAAGACCAUGAGGGAGGCUAUCCAUGGACUUUUUUUCACAAAGCAAUUUUAUCAGCUAGUCCUUCUCAUACAUCGAACUACAUUCUCGCUGUGAUUGACGAAAAUAUGAAAUUCUUCCAUUUUUGGAGGCCAGGAGAUUUGAGAUGGACCAGGAUUGACAACAGAAACUCUCCCUAUAAACACAUACAUCGUGAUCUGGUCUAUUAUACUGAAAAAAUUUAUGCAGUUGAUUGGUGUGGUCGUGUGUUAGUCUAUGAUGUACCUGGUUCUAGUACCACUCACACUCAAAUAGUAGCCAUCUUACCACCUCAACACAAGGGAGACGAGUUCUAUAUCCUAGAAUUAAUGGGAUCAUUAUUUGCAAUUAUUCGAUACGGUGUACAGAGUAGAGCGCCCAUCAGGGAAGAUAGCAGCAUGAGGAUUUCAUUAACACCAAUUUAUCCCAAUGAUAGUAAGGAAACUUAUGAGACAACAAAUUUUGGAGUUUUUGAGGUCGAUUUAGCCGCUGGAGAAUUGAGGGAAACCAAGCAAGUAGGGGACAAAGCUCUUGUUUUGGGUGCUAAUGCAUCUAUCUCAGUACAGGCUUCUCAAUUUCCAGGAGUCAAGCACAAUCAUAUUUAUUAUACUGAUGAUUUUGUGGAAUCAUACCUCUUCUAUGAAGAAGGGGGUGGCAGGGAUAUGGGUGUUUAUAACAUAGCAAAUGGCAGCUCCGAGGCUCACUACAACGGUGUUUCUCUCAGUUGUGUUUGUCCACCAAUUUGGGUCACUCCAACCCUGUAUUGA